CACAGUGCAUAGAAUUCAUCGCGUAGUGAAGUUCAUUACACGGGAGUUCACAGUGGAAGCAGUUAUGGUCAUCAAGUGGGUGUUGGGCGUGUUCGCCUUCACAGUCGGUUUGCAGAACGUGGCCGAGUCGGCGGGAAUUUGUGGAACGGCUGCUAUUCGACGGCACUGGUCCGAUUGUCGGAAGUUUGUCGAGUGUGGCGAGGAUGCCACCGUGGUGUUCCAAUGUCCGGAGCGGAGCUUCUUCAACCCUGUUACGUUGGUGUGUGAUUUCGCCAUGUACCAUGAGUGCGUGGUAGAAGAUAAUGCAGACAUCGGAUUCUUGACAACGCGUAAUCUAUUAGAAGCCAAGCCUGGUCAACUGGUUAUGGACGGUAGAUGUAACGAGCUACGGUUGGGUGCCAAGUUUGUGAAUCCUGAAGAUUGCAGUCAGUUUUAUCACUGUUCGCCAUCUGGACCAAUGCUUUUCGAUUGCCCUGCCAAUUUGUUGUUCAAUUCAAGAUUAAAUGUCUGCGAUUGGCCACAGAAUGUAGAGGAUUGCAGUGGACCAGGACCAGGACCAGGGCCGGGUCCUGGACCCGGUCCGGAUCCUGAAGAAUGCAAGGACCUCUGUAUCCCUGAUACGCGCUGUUCAAAGGACUGUCACCUAAACAUCAUCUUCCUGCCUCAUCCCGGUUCAUGUAGUUCUUAUUUGGCAUGUACAAAUAACGGAUUUGCGUGUCAUAGAGAUUGCCCAACUGGAUUAUACUGGAGCAACUGGCUUCAGCGUUGUGUACCGCGUUAUGAGUCCGAAUGCGAAGACCCGUUACCCCUGCCGUGCCCUGACUGUGAAUGGGAUUAUCGCUGCCCGCCAGACGACGACCCAGACUAUCCCAUCCUGCUGCCACAUCCUGAUCGAUGCGACGCCUUCUUGAAGUGUCACAUAGGUAAAGCUUGCGUGAUCGAUUGUCCAUACGACACGAAUUUCAACCAAAUUACGGGACAGUGCGAACCUGGCGAAUGUGUAACGACUCCACCACCAGUAGCAACUACGCCAGAAGAACCAACAACAGAAACAACACCAACAACAACACCAACAACAACACCAACGACAACUCCAACAACAACUCCGACAACCACACCAACAACAACACCGACAACAACCCCAAAAACCACACCGACUACAACUCCAACAACCACACCAACAACCACACCGACUACAACUCCGACAACCACACCAACAACAACUCCAACAACAACCCCAACAACCACACCAACAACAACUCCAACAACUACUCCAACAACCACACCAACAACUACUCCGACAACCACACCAACAACUACUCCGACAACCACGCCAACAACAACUCCGACAACCACACCAACAACUACUCCAACAACAACCCCAACAACCACACCAACAACUACUCCAACAACCACACCAACAACAACUCCAACAACCACGCCAACAACAACUCCGACAACCACACCAACAACUACUCCAACAACCACACCAACAACGACUCCGACAACCACACCAACAACAACACCAACAACGCCAGGACCAGAUUGUCCUGUCUGUCCACCCGGAGUUUGCAAGCCCGACGACAGGUGUCCAAUGGAUCCAUGCCUUCAAUGUGACCCGGUUCUGUUGCCACACCCUGACUAUUGUGAAAUGUUCCUCAAGUGUACCCACGGAUUUGCCUGUGAAAUGAAGUGCCCUGCUGGACUUCACUGGAGCACCGCUGCAAAUCGCUGCGAUUGGCCAUUCCUGGGUGACUGUGCCACUGGCGACGUUCCCACAAUUCCACCACCAGCCGACUGCCCGCUCGAUUACCGGUGUCCCGCUUUCGAUAACCCCUGGGAUCCGACCAUGUUGCCACAUCCGGAUGACUGUACCAAGUUUAUCAAGUGUGACAAUAAGCGAGGAUGCGUGAGGAGCUGUCCUGAGGGUCUUCACUGGAGUGUUGCCCACAAUCGUUGUGAGUGGCCGAACGUUGCUGGAUGUGAUCCGGACAUUCCCAUCCCAGAUCCCGAGUGUCCGAUUUGUCCCUGCACGCCCUGUCGGAUGAGAGGAGAUCAACAUCCCUGUGUCGAUAAUAGUGUCUGCAAGCGAAGCGUUUUCACCAGUCUAAGUCUUCCGUACGAGCAGGACUACACCCGGUUUUACGAAUGUCUGAACGGUAAGGCAUGUCUACUGGACUGCCCUCAAGGAUCACGGUUCAACCGGAUGCGACAACGUUGUGAAGAUGUUUAAUGAAGUUUUUGAUUGUUUGUAAUAAAAUCUAAAUGCUACCCAAAUCAAAAGGAACUCAAUCGU